CUUUGCUCUGCUCAUCUCCUCGUCCUGCGUAGGUGAUGAUGAUGUUUUUGCUGAUGAUUUAUUUCUUCUCUGGCAGCUUGCCGUCCAAGUCUAGUGCCUCUGUCUUUUGGUGAUUGCUGUUGUGUAGCUCCUGGUCACUAGUGUUCCAUCACCAAGUUCUUGGGGAUGAGUGAAGAAGUGUGUCAUAUCCAGUUGGAAUUGAGCCUGUUUUAAUUCCUAGCAUUUGUUGUUUCCUCUGUCCAAACCGUUUCAGGUAGUCCCCAAAAUUUUGGCAUUACCUAGCGAUCUCUUUCCCAAUUUUGGUCUCUUCCAUUCUUUGCUUCUAUCCCCUUGUGCCUGUUCUCUCCUUGAUCCCUAGCCUGCCUGUCUGAAGAUUUUUGGGCGCUGUGCACAGCUUGUCACAUCCUACUUGUUUCUCAUACCGACCUCGAGUUUGCAGCAGCUACGAUUUGCUUCUUUGGCCUAAAAUGCUUGCAUUGUCUGUCGUCUCAUCGCUUGUUCUUGCUGUAAUCUUGUUCUUGAGCUGUAGCCUGCCUCUCCUGUGGGAGUGGGACAGGCUUCGCUGCGCUUGUGCAAGCCUGUCAGUUGUCACACACUGUUGGAAUUGAAACCAUCACCUUAAUUGCAGCAGUUAAUCUGAAUCUCCUUCUGUGAUCCUUCUGAUUUUUUUUUACUGCAAUUUCAGAGGAGGAAGACGUCUCGAUCUUCCAAUUUAAGUGCGGUGUGGGUUCCAUCCCCAUUCCAUUUCGCCAUCGCCAUCAAUGAGCAGCCAGCUCGCCAUGCCUGGCAUUUCUUCUUCCUUCUCAUCUCCUCCUCCUACUUAAUGGUGCAGGCGUACUACUGCGACUGCUGCUGCUGCUACGGUUUCUUGCUUGUUCGGUUCACCUCCCUCCAUGACGAGAGCUCGCAGCAAUUAGGACGUUCUUGCACCGUUCUGUGGUAGGAUCAAGAAUUUGGCCGCCGCCGGCGGCGGCGGCGAGGGGGUGGUCGGAGCUGCAGCGCCUGCGAGGGGGAGUAGGAGGGUAGUGCUGCGCGGGUUCCCCGGCGGCGCCGAGGCGUUCGAGCUCGUCGCGAGGUUCUGCUACACCGGCGGCGGCGGCGUCGCGGUGACCUCGUCCAACGCGUGCGCGCUGCGGUGCGCGGCGGAGUUCAUGGACAUGGCUGCAGCGGCGGAGGUGUCCACCCCGCCGAGCCUGGUGAAGAUGACGGAGAAGGCUCUCGACGAGAUGCCGCAGUGGUCGUGGCAGAGCGUGGUCGACGCCGUCAAGCAGUGCCAGCGACUGCUCCCGGUGGCGGAGUCGACGGGGGUGUUCGACAGGGUCGUCGGCGCGCUGGUGUCUCACAUGGCCGUCCUCCCGGGGGAUGCCACCCCGACGAGCUCCUCGCCGGAGAGCUCGGCGUUCCGUUUCUCGUGCGACACCAAGAGCAGCUGCCUCAGCACGCGGUGCACUAGCCGCACCUGGUGGUUCGAGGACCUCGUCGUCGUCCUCGGCCCCGGCAUGUUGGAGCGCGUCGCCAGGGCGCUCGUCGCCAAGGGCACCGACCACGGCGUCGUCUCCAGGUUCCUCUUCUACUACCUCAAGUGCCGCCUCGCCGGCGCGACCGCCGACGACAAGCGGGCGAUGCUCGAGGCGGCGGUCGCCGUCAUGGCCGGCCUCGACCGGAGCUCGGUCUCCUGCAAGGGCCUCUUCGGCAUCCUGCGUAUCUCCUCCCCGCUGAAGCUCGCCGCCUCUUGCCACGACAGCCUCGUCGCCAUGAUCGGCGGCAAGCUGGACCACGCGACACUGGACAACCUGCUCGUCCCGUCGCCGGCCGGGACGACGAGCAGCCUGUACGACGUGACCCUUGUCCUCAGGUUCUUGGACGCCUUCCUCCACGCCGCCGGCGCCGGCGCCGGCGCCGCGCGCGACGAGCCAACGAGGCUGAAGAAAGUGGGCAAGCUCAUCGACCUGUACCUCGCCGAGGUCGCCCCCGACCCUUCGCUGCGCCCGGCCAAGUUCGUCGAGCUCGCCACCGCGCUGCCCGCCGCUGCGAGGGACUGCCACGACGCGCUUUACCGCGCCAUUGACGUCUACUUCCAGGUGCACACGCGGCUGACGGACGAGGAGAAGAUGAGGAUCUGCAAGGGCAUCAACUACGAGAAGCUCUCGCCGGAGUGCUGCAAGCACCUCGCCCGGAACGCCAGCUUCCCGACGCGGGCGGCGGUGCAGGCGCUGGCGUCGCAGCACACGGUGCUCAAGAGCCUCCUCCGCGGCGGCGGCCCUGACCAGCAGCAGCUGAAACCGGUGUCCGUGUCCUCCUCCCCUCCUCCGGCCAGGCUCAAGCACCGCGGCGGCGAGGAGCACGACGACCUCGUCGGCGGCGGCGGCGGGGUCGUCCUGUACGCCAGGAGGCUCGACCUGUCGCUGGAGAGCCAGAACCUCAGGUCGCUCCUCGACGGGAUGCACUGGCGGGUGAUGGAGCUGGAGAAGGUGUGCAGCCGGAUGAAGACGCAGAUGAGCAAGAUGAAGGCGGCCAGGAGAGGCGCCGCCGGCGGCGGCGCCGGCCGAGCCUCCUCAAGAUCACUUCCCCGGAUGUGUUCUUGAAGCUCGUUUCAUACUGAUUGUACAUAGGACUAGCAGAGAAUGCAGAGAUGUGUUCUUCCAUCCCUGCAUUUUUCGUUUCUUUUUUUUUUCUUCAUUUUUUGUCAAUUUUUUUCAUAUGUGUAUUAUGAUGAUGCAUCGGUUCUUGGUCACUGGAGAGAAGAGCUAGUGAAAAUGGGAGGUGUCUCUGAACUCUGAA